GCUGGGGGGGCGUGGCUUCGCGGCUCGCUCGCUCUCCUGAGACUUUCGCCGAGGCGCCAUUUUGAAAAGCGUUUUGUUUGUGGGCUGAACCCGAGAAAGACGAGAGGAGGAGAGGCGGCUUUCUCCUCCCACCCCUUUCGGCGCGGCCGCGACGUUGUUUCUGUCAGCCGUUUGGCAAAGCGUCGAGCCGGUAUUUCUAAUAGAUGGAAGAAGGAGCUGAAGACCUAAUGGAUCAGCCUGAAUCUGCUCCAGAAAACAUACAAGUGACUGAAACAAAAAAAAGAGGCCCAAGAGGUCGGGGAAGAGGCCGAGGUGGCAGAGGCUAUACUAGAGGAAAAAUGCGAGGCAGAUCACUGAAUGGCUUUGGGCCGAUAAGACGUGGAAUGGGAAGAAUGCGCCCAUAUUCAGAUGUAAGAGGGCGAAGAGGAGGACGAGGCGGACCUCUCUUCUCGCCAUCUCUUCCUCGGAGAGGAAUGAUGAGAGUGCCUUUUCUGCCACCCCCACCAUGUUUUGGGCUUCCUCCCCCACCUCCACCUCCCCCACCACCUGGACCAAUGGGCUUCAGAGGAAUACCUCCUCCUCCCCCCAGAGGCAGAGGGAUGCCGCCAUGGCCACGAGGCCGUUUCCCACCUCCAGGCAGCUUUCCCAGUGGACCCGGUGCACCAGCCCUUCCGCCACCUGGGCGGGGCCAGAGAUGGCCUGGGCCGCCAGGUGGCAGAUACUAUUAACGAGGCUUAUUCUUUAAAUUCAGUAGCUGGGAUACAUCCUUUUUCCCUUAAGACCAUUUGAAAUGCCUAUAAAGCAUUAAAGAAGGCAAAGAAAAUAACAGAGUGCUUGAUAUUCCAUAUUUUUCCAGCAGCCCUUAUGCACCAAGUUGGUAAAAGCCAUAUAUUUUUUAAAAAUAUCCUAAAGACCUGUGACUCCUUGGACACUUUCAAGCAUAUCCUUUUGAAGCCUGUUGUUUGUGGACCUUGGCAUCUGCACACUAAAAGUUAAAAGAAACAUAUCUUAAGAAUAGGUCAAGCUUUAACUUAAUAUUCAAUUAACUUGUGUGCAGCUCUUUUUUUGGAAAUACAUCUUGAUCUGUUUCAGUAACAUGUAUUUGUUUGUUCUUAAUCUUGUGAACUCUGGUUUCAAAUGGACUUACAUGUGGUAACAAUAAAUUCAUCAAGAUGCCUCUUACUUCAAAGGGGCAAUUAUUCUGUAUCAUGUGGGGAAAUAUAAGCAAUGCACAAAAUGUAAUGGAUAAAACAAACUGUGGAUGUUAAUUUAAGAAAUAGAGAAAAAAAUUAUAAAUGAACAGAAGUUUAUGGACUUUGUUUAAAUUUUUAAUUACUGUUUCUGUUACUCAGCUUGACCUUGGUGUUUAAAUUUCUAGCACGUAAUAACUAAGUGUAGUACAUGGCUAAACAUUUGACCUAUUGUAUAAUUACAACUGGUGAUGUUAUUAAAAACAUAAAAUGAAAGGCUAUAUUAAAAUCCGCAGUGUGCAUAUUGUUUUAAAUGACAGAUUUCUGUACAUUACAUAAUCACUUUAGAUUUGAUUUUGUUGUGCACUAGAAAAACUUAACAAAAAUGGAACAUGUAAAUCUUCUUUUGCUUGUUAAAAUGACAGAUAAAAUUGUAAAAUUCUGAAACAGUGCUGUUUAAUGUCAAGGAUGAUCACAGUCAGUAAAUUUACAUUCAUUAAUACGGUCUGUGUUCUUCUGUGCUGAGGGCUGAAUAGUAACUUUUUUUACCAGUCUGGUGCAGUUUGGGACUUUUUAACUUAAGCAGUUCCUACACUGGGUCCAAAGUCUACAAGCAAAGUAAAAAAAAUGAAGAAAAGCAAUAAAUUGAGGUAUGAAAGCCUAUAUAGAUGUCUAUAGUCUACUCUUAACACUUGGCUUCCAAUUAAUUGGUAUCUGAACAAAAUGUAUUAACCUUAGCUUUUAUAAAACAAAUAAAACCCCCAUUUAGAUUGAUACUUGAUCAGAACCUCAACAUUCCCAAUAAAUCACGAAAGCUAAUAUUUAGCCUUCACAUCUUAUUCUUUAAAAGUGGAAAAAUUCAGCUGUGUAUAACAUAUUGGAAAAUACUUUAUGCUAUUCAUUUGGUUAAAUCAUUAUACUGCAACGAUGCUUUGUUUUGGUUUUGUGUUGGUUCCUUAUGUUGGUUUAAAAACACAGUAUUGACUGCAACUUUUAAAAAAGUAAGCUAAUGUUGCCCAAUGGUGAAAGAAUGAUGCUGUUGUUAUCUUCUGAAGGGUAACAUAGUCACCCUUUGAGGCCAGUGGGAGAUGGCAUGCAGACCUUUGGGAGAGCUUUCAUCAAGGCCUUGAGGUGAGACAGUAUUUAAACAUUUUCCCCACUCACUUUCUUUUUCUUUGAGUGAAGUGCACAUUCAUCUGAGUUUGAUUCAUGUCUGAAGUGGGGCACAUGCACAACACACAGUCUCGAUUCUGUUUCACUCAGAACAUUAGCGGCCAAUAUACAGAGUUACCUCCUAGUGGAACCCAGUCAUACAAAAGGGAUUCAUCAGGUUCAGUUGGAGAAACCGAGUUGCCGAGCACAUGAUGGUGGGUCAACCAGGCGUGUGUCCAGUGAAGCUGGGCUUUAUGCAGAUCUUUACCGAAAAGGUUACUGUCAGAAAUUACUAAGCAAUACACAAAUUCUGUUACUUAGAAUAACAUUUGAACAUAUAAAGCCAUGUUUACACUGAACUGGAACAUUUCUCUGUCUAGUCCAGGGGUGGGGAAUGAUCUAGCUACCAGGCUAUAUCCUUAUCUCUGCAACACAGAGACACAUAAUAGAUCCACUUUGUGAGGUGGGUGGGGUUGGCCAUCUGUCAGUCACCUGACCUCAUGAUGUCAGAUGACCUGUUUUUGGCUGUGUGGUUCAAGCGCCAUGCUUAUUAUUGGGGCUUGCAAAAGAUUGGCUGUGCACUGGGCUUUGCAGGCGCUUGCAAACCCACUUUUGGCACAGAUACAUCUUUACCUAACCCACACUUGAGACUGCAUGGAGGGCAAGUUCGUGUGGCUGAGCCCAAAGGGCCUCAUAGGUUUCCUGCUGAUCCAUCCUAGUAAUGUCCUUACUGACCAUGGAUCUCCUAAGAUUUUCCCCAGACUUGUUUUCUGAGAUAGCUGUAACUUGGUGCUUCCAGAAAUUGAAGCUGGCCGCCUGCUUGCAAAUACCACUGAGUGUGGCCCAUCUUGUUAAAGGAACAACAUGUCCUUGAUUUCCCCCUUAAACUGAACUAGUAUUUGCUGUUCUCCAUGUGUUUGAAAAUGCAAGGAGAAAAGGAUUAGUAUGUUCACUCUUCUAUAUUAUUCUAUACCAACUGCUGACAAGAGUAAUGAGCAAGCAAAGCUGCUUUGGUAGUAGUCAGUAUAUCAGUACUAGCCUGUACAUUUAGUAGCAGGAAUAUAUUGCUGAAUUUUAUCUGUUGAUAUGGAGAGAAAAUGAACCCAAGCAUAAGAGAGAACGCAAACACUUUUAGUGCUCUAGUAUGGCAAUUUACUUAAAUGAUGGGCAGAGCAAUCCAAAAUGAUAAGGUAGCAUGGUAUGACAUACCACUCCAUCCCAAGUCCUGCUAGCUCAUGCCAACCAGGGUAGGUGGUGUGGGUGUUCUCUGUCAGUACACCUGUUCAGGCUGGCAUAGCUGAGGGAUGUAAGGCGAAUGGAACAGCUCUGAUGCUGUUACAUAGUCAGCUUGGCUUUGCCCUCUGCUUGCACCCCAUUUCAGAGGUGUAGUACCUCAGUUGUCUCUUAAUCCCAUUCAGCACUAAAGAUCUGGGGCUUGGAAUUCCUCUUUUCUUUUUCCUUUCUUUUACUAUAAGCUGCAUGAGAUUACUGUUCAGAAAUUUAAAAUACAGUAACAGGCUGACUUAACAUAUUUCUGAUUUUUAAUGUUCAUGGAGAAGCAAUCAGUUUGGAAGCUUGCAAUCGCACAAAUGUUUGUAUAGACUGAGAAUUAAUUGUCCUUUCUAGUGUAUUAAAGUUGCUGCAGCCAUCUGAAUUGUGUAUAAGCAUACUACUCUGCAGGAAGAUUUCAAGUCUAUUGUUAAGGUAACACUUGCUUUCAUUAUUGCCCUCUUUCAAAAAAAAUGAUGAUGAUGAUGAUGAUGAUGGUUUGACAGUGAAACUGUUUUUCUGACCUUUCUUCUAUAUUUCUGUGGGGAACAUCCAUUGCAGAUGUGAACUUAACAGCCUGCAAAACAGUGUAUCGGUUUUCAUAGAGUGCAGCUAUUUUAACUUUUCAGGAAGAUUAGGUUGAGGUUCCCUGCUCCUUUUGAUAAAAUUCUACUUGCACUGAAUUGCAACUGAGUGCAGAAAGAGCUAGUGGCUAGUGCCUGUAUAAACUGUAAUGGUGCUCUGAUGCAAAGUGAAAUGAUGGAAAUGUGGUCCUAAUAUGAGCAACACAUGCCUUCAUCAUUGGCCAAGCAAAUUCAACCUGCUUGGCCCUCCUUCCUUAACUUAAGAAGUCCUCAGUGGGAAUUGUUGGUCAUGAUGUUGUACAUGAUGGUCAAAGGCUGAUACUAGUAAAGACAAAGCAAGGAUGAGGGCAAAACACGCUACUUGAAUUAUCUUAGCAUCAUUUGCUGAAUCCAGACUUACCUGGGAGUAAGGCCAAUUGACAACAUUUAGAUGUCUGAACACAUAAUUUAUAAUCAUCUUCCCCCCACUCCUAUUUGUUGUAUCACUUUAAAAAAAAAACCAGCCUAAAUAGGCAUGUAUAAGAUUAUUCAAACUUACUAAUUACUAAAUUAAGCUAACUAACACUAAUCUUACACUUGUUUACUCAGAGGUUAGUCCCACUGGAUUUAUAUAGGAUUGCAGAAUUAGUCUAGAUCCAAUUCCAUGGUAUUUUUGUUUCUGAUACUAUACUUGAAUUGUAUUGUGAGAAGCUUUUGUAAGUUGCUCUGAGAGUCUAUCGCCCUAUUUAGAAAGGCCAGUGUAUUGUUAUUUUAGCCACAAUCUGGAUGUUUUAAGAACCAUAAGCAGAGCAUGAAUGUGGUAGGUUGCCCCAGGGACCCAGCGUUCAGAAAUACUGUUUCUGUUACCAGGAGGAAUAGUCAUUGAUAGAUCUCUCAUCUUUGGUAUUUUUGCACUGAUCCUGUUAAUUUCAAUGGGGUCUCUGCAGAGGAAAUUCCUGCUGAAUUAUUCCCCUUGUCGGUAACUCUAUAAGUACAGUUAACUCAAUUUUUUUCCAUAGGGACCAUUUCACAGACCUUGAGAGAAACACAGUAGAUAAAUAUUUCACAGUAGCCUGAUCUUGAUUCAAACUUGAGCCAAGGUGUGUGUAAUAUAUUAGGAAUGUUUUGUCUAUUACAAUAAAUUACAUCCCAAGAUCAACUCAUUUUAAAGACAAAAAUGUAUUUUGUUGUCAAUGAAUGAGAAACUAAUAAAGUAUCUAAGCACUGUGA